AAGACCCGCCCCUGGGAGGUUCAGGGAACCCCUCCUGUAUUUGUAAAGCUUUUUGACCGAUAGGGUUUCAAACUAUUUUUACAUAUGCAGCAUAACCGAGAGACAUGACAGAGGACCCAGGAUCUGUGGCUGCUACAACAACAGACUACAGUGAUUACUAUGACCAAUAUGUCCAAGAUGCACCAUGCAACAAUAACAACACAAAGGCCUUCAGCAAGGUUUUCCUUCCCACCCUCUACAGCAUUGUUUUCAUCAUUGGCCUCAUCGGAAAUUUCCUGGUAAUGUGGGUCCUGAUCAGAUACCGUCAAAAAUCCAACAUAACCGAUGUGUGCCUCUUCAACCUGGCCCUAUCCGAUCUACUCUUUCUUGUGUCGCUCCCUUUCUGGGCUCACAGUGCCAUGGAUGAGUGGAUCUUUGGCAAAUUCAUGUGUCAUACCAUAACAGGUAUCUUCAUGUUGGGCCUGUACGGUAGCAUCUUCUUCAUGGUCCUUAUGACGGUGGAUCGCUACGUUGUCAUCGUCCAUGCCCAUAGCAGCUUUUCCAAAAAUCGGUCUAUAAAAAAAGGUUUCGUUCUGGCCUUACUUGUAUGGAUUCUCAGUCUGUUUGCAUCCCUCCCUAAUAUCAUAUUUGCCAAAGAGAAAAAGAGCAGCAAAACAUCAUGCGGAUAUGACUUUCCUGAAGAUUCAGCCUGGAUGUCAUUUACUUACCUCAAGAUGAACUUCCUGAGCUUGAUUUUCCCUCUGAUCAUUAUGGGCUUUUGCUAUUCACGAAUCAUCCCUACUCUGCUCGGCAUACAAUCGCAAAAAAGGCAUAAAGUCAUUAGGCUCAUCCUAGCUGUGGUGGCAGUUUAUUUUCUUUGCUGGACUCCGUACAACGUUGUCAUGUUUCUUACAUUCCUGCAGAGUAAAGGCCACUUGCUUUCUUGUGAGUGGCAUAUUAAUUUAAGCCUUGCCAUGCAAUGGGUGGAAACGAUCGCCUUAAGUCACUGUUGCCUCAACCCAAUCAUCUAUGCUUUUGCCGGACAGAAGUUCAGAAGAGCAGUUCUUUAAAGUCCUAGAAGAGGUGUUUCCAUUCUGCUUAACCAGUGCACCAAUUUGUCUCAACACGUGAAAUCUGUAUAUUCCUCAGAGCAGAUUGCAUAGAGCAAACUUAUCUCCUCAAAAGUAAUUUAAUUCGGUGUAGCUUCCUUUUUAAUAUUUUUUGCACUAUCCCUGUCUUCCCCUUUUUAAUAAAUGUUAAAGGAGUCAUAUAAUGUUGCUAAAAAGAACAUUGUUGUGUAUUUGGUGUUAAGGUGCAACAAACACAAUUUUCAGCUUACUGUACGUUACCGUUUCUGCUCUAAACCCCGCCUCCUGAAACGGGUCUAUUUGUGCAUCGUUCUAAGCGAGGUGUGCUGUGAUUGGCCAGCCAUCCAGUGCGUCGUGAUCGGCCGAAUACUGCAAGCGUGUAGCAGAAAUGUUAAAUCUCUUUCCAUAGCAUGAUGCUGCGUCACGGAGCUAAGACACCAAAACAAUAAAACACCAUUACAAGA